AUGAGAAAAAUUGAUCAGCUGCUCAUGACUUUGAUGAAAUUGAAACAAAAUUUUCCACAUCAAGAUUUAGCAGUAAGGUUUAAUGUUUCACAAGGCACAGUCUCAAAUGUUGUAACAACAUGGGUGCAUGCCUUGCAUGAAAUUUUAUUCAAACAAUUCAUGUCUGAAAUACCAGAUAGAAGUAAAAAUCAGUUGUGCUUACCAAACUGUUUUAGUAGUUUCACAAAUUGUAGAAUUAUAAUAGAUUGUACGGAAGUUUAUACUUGUAUAAAUCGCCAAAGUAUGUCUUCCCAGAAGUUGACGUACAGCUCAUAUAAGCAUAGAAAUACAUGCAAAGGAUUAGUAGGUGUUGCACCAAAUGGUGUAGUUACAUUUUUAUCAUGUUUAUAUCCAGGUUCAACAUCAGACAAAAAAAUUGUCAAAGAUUGCGGAAUCUUAAAUCAACUUAAACCUGGAGACUUGGUAUUGGCAGAUAAAGGAUUCCUAAUUAAAGAUUUAAUGCCUCCCGGAGUUCAUAUUAACAUUCCCCCAUUUCUUACAACUCCUCAAUUCACUACAGAACAAGUUCAUCAAACUGAAGGUGUUCAAUAUAUUAAAUUUAAUUCCACAUUCUUUGUUACCACAUGCUGA